AUGGUCGCCGCCGCCACCUCCGUCGGCGAGGCGACCCCGCCGCCAGACCUCCCACCCUCCCGCGUGUCCGUCUCGUCGCCCUCGCCUUAUUCCCGCCGCCGCUGCGCCCUCACGAGCCGCUUCCGGGAGCCGGCGGCCCCGCGGCGGCACGCGUGGAUCUCCCUCCAGGGCCGCCUCGUGGGGGCGGAGGAGGCGUCGACUGCUGCUACGGCGGCGCCAGGCCUCCCGCCUGAUGAGGCAGUGGCGUGGGAACUCUUCAGCCCGCUCCAUCGCGUGCUACUCGUCGCCACCGUCGCCGCCGCAUCCUCCCGCACCCAUGCCGCCCGCCGGAUCGAGCAGCUACAACGAUCCAUUAAUCUUAGGGAUGAGGUGCUGGAAGGCAUGCAGCAAAAGCUGGAUGAUCUGCUCGUCGAGAUGAACUCCUUGCAACAACAGUACGUUAAGUGCGAUACUUACAUUUCCACUGAAAGGGAAAAGGAUGAGGUUAUGGGCAACAAGCACAUAGAAGAUGAAGAUGGAUCUAGAUGUGUGUGUGCAAGGCCAGAUGCUCCUCCCACUCCUCAGAAGGCAAAGGAUCUCUGUGGGAUGGAUGAUGCUAGGAGUGAUGUGGUUGAUAGAUCUAGUCUAUCUUUUGUGGAUCAUGAAGAGCGCCGUAUGUCAGACCUCUCAGACUUCUGCUGGAGUGUUGUAUCAUCAGUUGAUAACCAGAUAAAUGGGGAUAAUCAGCUAAGUUUCCUAGCAGCAGAUCAACAAUUGUACAAUCUUCAGAAGGAAUGUGACGAGAAGGAUGCAACUAUCAAGGAACUAGCUGAAGCUGCACAUGCAUCUAGUACUGCUGAUGCCAAGAGAAUUACAGAGUUGCAAGAUGUUCUUAAAAGGAAAAACAUGGUGAUCUCUAAAUUGAAAAAAGACAUGGCUGCUCUGAAGCAGAUGGUUAUUGAACUAUCAAGGGCUAAGAGAGCAUCUUCUGCCAUAAGUCCAAUCUGCACUGAUCUGCCAGUGAUGUCAAACAAUGUUCUGUAUGAUAUGAGCAGUUCUAGCCCAUCAUCAUCAGAUUCUGAAUCUCCUGUUGCGCCAAGGGAAUACCUUGAUGAUUGUCUUGUUGAUAGCUAUUCAGGAGGCAGCGAUUCCAAGGGAAGCUGUGAAGUUUCUGUUACAGAAAUGCCACUUCCAUCGAAAGUGCCAUCAUCUCAUAAGCUGCGCUCCACUAGUCCUUUAAAGGAGAUCAGGAUUAAUCCGAAAGUAGAAACAAUUGCAUUUGGCAGACAGAAGCAACCUACAUCCUCUAAUGGAGAUUUUAAAAGGACUAGGAAGACAAAGUCAGCAAGGUUCGAGGAAUAAAGCUACAAGAAGAUGGAUGUAGUGUUUAGUCAUCAAGAAGACAUUACCUGAUAGAGUUGGAAGAGAUGAAGCUGAUUGGUGUUGUCGAUCUUGAUCGAUGAACUAUCUGAGUGAUGCUUCCUGGCUUCUGGCUCUUUCUGGUAAAAACAGUAUUAGCUGCAAGUUGUUUCAUUAGUCUUCUAAGUUAUGGCUGUCAUGAGAUGGACCAUGUCGUGGUACCUAGCUUCAACGUUGGUAUCCUCCCCGAUGUAUAGUAUGUCAUUUGGAUCUCAACAGUCAGCGUCUCCUCUCUCUUGAAUCCAUCGAUUGAUUAUAUUUAAUCAGCGGACUAAUUUAUCCGGUGAAAUCUUGGAGAGCCUACUUCUGAAA